AUGGCCACUCCCAGGGGAAACUCUGCACCUUCUCCUCGGACACAGCUCUUUCUUAUCCUCCUCAUCACAUCCCCGGUACCUCUGCUCGCCCGGCCGCUCCUGCUUCACUCGUCCAUCAAUGUGGCAGUGGUGUUCAGCGGCUCCAGCUACCAGAGAGAGGUGCGCGGUCGGCUGAGUGGCGAGAACUUUGUGGACCUGCCCGUUGUGGUCACGCCUGUGACCGUCCUGGUCAACGACACCAACCCUCGUGACCUACUCACCCGCCUCUGUGACACAAUGGCAACAGAGAAGCUGCAUGGGGUCGUCUUUGAGGAUGAUGUUGGAUCAGGUGCCAGCUCACAGGUGGCUGAGGUAGCACAAAUUCUUGAUUUCCUGUCAACGCAGACAGCGCUGCCGAUCGUGGGCAUCAGUGGCGGCUCGGCUGUGGUCAUCCCCUAUAAGGCGGAAGGAUCUUCAUUCCUGCAGAUGGGAGCGUCUCUGGAGCAGCAGAUUCUCUGCAUGUUCAAGCUCAUGGAGGAGUAUGAUUGGGGCGAGUUUGCAAUCAUCACCAGCUUGCUGCCCGGAUACGACACCUUUGUGGAGAUUGUUGAGUCCUACACAGACACCUCCUACUUCAUGUGGGACCUCCAGGACGUCCUGUCCAUUGAGAUGUCCGUUGGGGCCAAUGAUAUGAGGACUAGGCGCAUUCUGCAGCAGGUGGACUCCCAGGUGCUACUGGUGUACUGCUCCUUUGAAGAGGCACACUUCCUGUUCCGCCAAGCGUUCGAGGUGGGCCUGGUGGGACCAGGCUACAUCUGGAUCCUGCCCAGCUUGGCUGUUGGCAACCCUGAGGUACCGCCACCCACCAGUUUCCCGGUGGGCGUCAUCGGCGUCAUCACGGAACAGUGGCGCAAGAGCUUGCGGCAGCGGGUGCGCGAGGGCGUCGCCAUCGUGGCCAAGGGCGCCGAGAGCUUCAAGAAGCAGCGAGGCUUCAUCCCUGAGGGACACGGCGACUGCAGCAAGCCCGCAAAAUACUCCGAGAACAACACGCUCUUCAGGCACAUGCUGAACGUGACGUGGGAAAAAAGGGACCUGUCGUUCAACAAUCGUGGCUUCCUCUCCAACCCUUCCAUGUUUAUAAUCGCCCUGGACCGAGAAAGAGUGUGGGACAAGGUUGGCACCUAUGGCCGGGGCAUACUGCAGGUGCGUUACCCCGUUUGGCCACGUUACGGCAACUUCCUGGAGCACGUGACCGAUGACCGGCACCUGACUGUGGCCACUCUGGAAGAGCAUCCCUUCGUCAUGGUGGAAAACGUGGACCCAGGCACAGGCACGUGUGUUCGCAACACGGUGCCUUGCAGGCGACAGUCCAAUCACACUGAGAGCAUCAUCGGCCACUCUGAGUCCUACACCAAGCUGUGCUGCAAGGGUUUCUGCAUUGAUAUCCUGAAAAAGCUCUCCCGCACCAUCAAAUUCUCUUACGACCUGUACUUGGUCACCAAUGGCAAGCACGGCAAGUUGGUACGCGGCAUUUGGAACGGCAUGAUCGGAGAGGUUGUGUACAGACGCGCCGACAUGGCCAUUGGCUCACUCACCAUAAACGAGGAGCGCUCAGAGAUCAUUGACUUCUCCGUGCCUUUCGUGGAGACGGGAAUCAGCGUCAUGGUUGCCCGCAGCAACGGCACCGUCUCCCCAUCCGCCUUCCUUGAGCCGUACAGUCCGGCCGUGUGGGUUAUGAUGUUCGUCAUGUGCUUGACUGUGGUGGCCAUCACUGUGUUCGUGUUCGAAUACUUCAGUCCAGUAGGGUACAACCGCAGCCUCGUGAGCGCAAAAGCUCCAGGUGGCCCAACCUUCACCAUCGGAAAGUCGGUGUGGUUGCUGUGGGGCAUCGUGUUCAACAACUCGGUGCCUAUCGAGAACCCAAAGGGCACUACCAGCAAGAUAAUGGUGCUAAUCUGGGCAUUUUUUGCUGUCAUUUUCCUGGCCUCAUACACCGCCAACCUGGCUGCCUUCAUGAUCCAGGAGCAGUACAUCGACACUGUGUCGGGGCUUUCUGACAAGAAGUUCCAGAAGCCACACGAGCACUACCCCCCCUUCCGCUUCGGGACGGUCCCAAACGGCAGCACUGAGCGGAACAUCCGCAGCAACUAUCCCGACAUGCACACUCAUAUGAUGAAGUACAACCAAAAGGGGGUGGAGGAGGCGCUCAACAGCCUUAAAACGGGAAAACUGGAUGCGUUCAUUUACGACGCAGCCGUGCUUAACUACAUGGCGGGCAAAGACGAAGGCUGUAAGUUGGUAACCAUCGGCAGCGGUAAAGUGUUCGCCACAACUGGCUACGGCAUCGCUCUGCAGAAAGACUCACGCUGGAAGAGGCUCAUCGACCUGGCGCUGCUGCAGUUCCUCGGUGAUGGGGACACGCAGCGCCUGGAAACAGUGUGGCUCUCAGGCAUCUGCCUGAACGAGAAGAAUGAGGUGAUGAGCAGCAAGCUGGACAUUGACAACAUGGCUGGUGUCUUCUACAUGCUGCUGGUGGCUAUGGGUCUCAGCUUGCUGGUGUUUGCCUGGGAGCAUCUGCUCUACUGGAAGCUGCGCCACUCGCUGCACAAGUCGCAUAAGCUUGACUUCCUGUUGGCGAUCAGCCGGGGUAUCUACAGUUGCUUCAAGGGGGUGGAGGAUCACGGUCGUUUCUCCCAUCUGGCCAAACCUGACCUGACAUCCAACUAUGCCCAAGCCAACAUGUUGAAGAUGCUGCGAACAGCCAAGGACCUGGUUUCCACUGCUAACGUAGAGAGCUCCCUGGACAAUGCCACUAAGACGAUUGAGCAUUUCAGCCGGCACAGCGGAGGCAGCUUGCCAGUUCGUGCUCCUCACGUUGCUACCGAAACAGUACCCGGAGGCUUUGCAUACAUCAUGGAAAACCACGCAUCCUUCCCGCAACAAUCCAUCUCCCCACAAAAGAGUGUGAGCAGGCCCACACCACUGCGAUACACGCUCCCUACCCACUCCACUUCUUGUCUGUACGAGCGGCCACUUCCUAUCUCCAGCCUCAGCAGUCCACACUUGGCGGUCAGCGAGACACAACCUGAUCAAUAUCCCCGCCAAUACCAGACCACGGGAAGACUCUAUGUGGAUACCCACCCUCACUCCAGGUUCAUCUCUUGCACCGAUCUGCAGCUGCCUGACAUCUACACAUCCCAUCCCGUCCCUCUGCCCCAAAACCAGAACACGGAGGCAGGAAUCUACCAGAGGAAACGGAGGUCAAAGAGCUUUCAGUGUGGGGAUGGCGACGCAGAGAGAAGGAAGUACAAGGAUUGCGAGAAGAACAAAAUCUGCCUCAGUGAACUGAAAGCCAACAACCUCCAGGGAAAUCACAUUUCUGCCCCCAGCAUGGAGAGCAUCUACUCGGUGGAGGGGACAUGUCCUCCAGUAGAGAACUACAGAUCCUGGCCUCCGGAGGAUGUCAUGCUGAGGGGGAGACGCAGGCGCCGCCGCCCAUCGUUCCUUAAAGCCACAUGGGGCAGCGAGCAAAUCCACCAGCUGGACGAGUCCCAGUCGUCUCUUUCCAGCCAGUCGCCCUCUACACUUCCUGACCUAUUCCCAUGCAUCCUCACGCCCACCAUGGCUGCAAAGGCCCACAACCCAGACCACUUCCGGAAUAACCUGUGCCUGCCACGGAACCAGGCCUACCUUCACAUAAGGGAGGAUCACAGAAGGCCUGCUGGGCGUAAAGGUCAAAGGCUGAGAUAUUCGCAUUCCACCCAUCUCCCAACAUAUGGCGAGGCAGUGCAGUACAGUGCCGGGUUCGGGCGGGGAAUGGUACGGAGAGCCACCAGCCUGCUCAGCAGACAAUACGCCCACUAUCUGAACUCCUGUACUGGGCUACCGCUGUACCAAUCGCCCCUUAACCUGCAAAACCACAACCAGGCUCCAGGCAGUCAUCAAGCAACCAGCCCUAUGUGCCAAUUGCUGGCCUGCGGCGGUGGACGAUGCAGGGGUCAACGGGCCCUGCUGUAUCAGGACAGCCUGUACGGAGCAUACGGCAUCUAUCAGAGUUCCCAGACAGGAUCAGAGACUCAAGGAAGUCAAGGAGGAGUUGCCCAGUCAACAAGGAGCCCUUGUGCGCUCCAGCCCUGGAGACGGGUGUCCAGUUUGGAGUCGGAGGUGUGA